UCGUUUGGAACACCGAAAAUAACGGUCAGCUGUUAUCGCUUUGGCGCCAACUCGAGUUCGAAAAUGGCCCCAAUUCGAGUCCUGCCUUUCGGGUCAACUAUUGAUUUUCUCACAGUGCUGACAUAAUUUCCUUGCCAUCGAGUGCAGUCGUGUUUACGUAGCGUGUUCCGCUUCAAAUUGGCCAAGCGAUCUGAAAAUUUCGGUCUGAGCGUUACGGGAAAAGGCGACAAGAUUGCACACCUACUGGAAAACCCCCUGCAUCAAGGCAACGGUGGAACGGCGGACCGUCUGGGCGUGGACUUCGAGUUCUACAUGGCCUCGAAGGUGCACCCAAGUCCGGGGGCGGCGCGCAGCGUUUGGGCCCUGCCCCUGACCGCCUCCUCCUCCUGCAACAUGGUCGUGGCGGAGGAGGAUGGCCACGCCCACGCCGACGACAUCCACCUGGAUCACCGGCCGCACUCGCCUCCCUUAGCGGGACGCGGGGAGGGCGGAGGACACGGCGGCGGAGACGUGGAGGACCAUGAAAACGUGUUGCUCUUCGAGGGACUGGAUGGGGCAACCACCGUGAAUCUGGACGACAUCUUCGACAUCAUCAAGAACGGGGAGGUCAGCGAGGUGGAGAACCUGGUGGACAAGUUCGGCCUGGAGUGUUUGUCGGCCCGGGAUCGUCAUGGCUACACGCCCGCCCACUGGAUAGCUCUGAACGGGAAUGUCCAGCUGAUGAGGUACCUUAUCGAGCGCACUGCCCCCAUUGAUCUGCCCUGCCUGGGAACGCAGGGUCCGAGGCCCAUCCACUGGGCGUGCCGGAAGGGCCACGUCUCCGUCGUACAGGUUCUCCUCCAGGCCGGAGUAGCCGUCAAUGCGGCGGACUUCAAAGGACUGACCCCGCUGCACCUGGCCUGCAUGUACGGUCGCACAGCCACGGCCGCCUAUCUGCUGGGCAUGGGAGCGCUGAACAGCCUGACGGACAUCAACGGCGAUACGGCGCUGCAUUGGGCGGCCUACAAGGGGCAUGCUGACCUGAUGCGACUGCUCAUGUACUCCGGCGUGGAACUGCAAAAAACAGACAACUUCGGGUCGACGCCGCUGCACCUGGCUUGCCUCUCCGGUAACAUGACCUGUGUGCGCCUGCUGUGCGAGAAAUCGCAGCUGGAUCUGGAGCCGAGGGACAAGAAUGGAAAGACGCCCAUCAUGCUGGCCCAGGCUCAUCAGCACCAGGAUGUGGUGCGUCUGCUCUACGGCGAGGUGAAGAAGAAGUCCCGCUGGAUUCCCUCGGUUUCGGAGAGCUGGGGCUGGCUCUUUGGCGGUGCGGGAGACUCCAAGGGACCGCUGUUCCUGUUCCUCUUCUCGGUGCUGCUGUGGGGCUACCCCAUGUACAUGAUCCGCGCCAUCCCCAUCACGUGGAACAUACUGAGGCGGUCGCACUAUUGCUUCAUCUACUGGAACGCGGUGAUGUGGAUCAGCUGGGCGAUUGCCAACCGUCGGGAUCCGGGGUACAUACCACUCAGUUCGGAUGCCUACUAUCGGGCCAUCAAGCAGAUCCCGUACUUCGACAAGCUGAAGAAGCGGAACGUGAUGCUGACCAGGCUGUGCCACAGCUGCCGGUGCCUGCGUCCGCUGAGGGCCAAGCACUGCCGCGUGUGCAACCGGUGCGUCUCGUACUUCGAUCACCACUGCCCCUUUAUCUACAACUGCGUGGGACUGCGCAACAGGAUGUGGUUCUUCCUGUUUGUCCUAUCGGUGGCCGUCAACUGCUCCUUCACCAUAUACUUUGCCUGCUACUGCGUCAUGAUUGAGGGCUUCACGAUGCUUUAUGUCCUGGGUCUCAUCGAGGCGGUUGUGUUCUGCGGACUAGGUUGGAUACUCACGUGCACUUCGAUCCUGCACGCCUGCAUGAACCUCACCACAAACGAGAUGUUCAACUACAAGCGAUAUCCGUAUCUGCGGGACAAGCGCGGUCGCUACCAGAAUCCAUUCUCGCGCGGACCCAUCCUCAAUCUGCUGGAGUUCUUCGUAUGCCUGCCGGAUAGAGGCGAUGACAACGACCUUCUGCUGGAGGAUAACAUUUGAUUAAGGAUCUAGGAUCGAGCCCCUGCUCGCCGGCGCAAGCUGCCCGUGCGUGGAUAAUGAUGCGAGGAGGCAGCCAGAGACCCACUCGGGUAGGCUGCCAGUUUGGUUUUGCUCCGCAGGCUUUGUGCUUAUUCGAAUGCUUCCAAAUUCGAACCGCAAGUCAGCAAGUGCGUGUUUUAUCAUCUACAAUUGCAAUCUAGGUAUCAUUGAGGAAGGAGGGGAUUACAAAAGGUAGCCCAAUUAAAAUCAAAUCAAUUUACACUACUCCAAGUUGCAAUUACUUCAUUAGAAACCGACAAAUUCCCUUCCGCACUGAUGUCCAAGCAUCGGCCAGCCGAGCUUUUCGCUUUUCCAACUUGUUACCUUAAAGCCUCGGAUAAGAAUACGCUUCUCACAUUAGUUUUUGUACAAAAUUGUUAUGUAUAAAAUGUGUUAUUUAAUGAUCUCUAUAUAUUAUAUACCUACUAUAAUAAUAAAUGGUGUAAAAGUUCA